AUGGCUGACACGUAUUCUUUCCACCCCGGCGACCUAAACGCUUCGUAUAGUUGCCGGACCAGAGCUCAUCCAACAACCCACUUGCCUGCAUUCUCACCUGCGAAGAAACGCUCCUCGCCCUUCUACCCAGACCACUGCCCGGAGAUUACACAAGACGCCAGCCCCGACCCGUUCUACCUCGAACAAUCAUUGGGGGAGUCUGGCACCUGGGGGCGUAGCAGACGGGCCAUUCGCGAUGUUCGGUUUUGCGAAGAAGCUAAUCAGUAUUUCAUACCAUCCUCUACGGAUCACAACAAAAAGGAAUCGACCUUUUCCAAACCAGCGCGAGGUGAUGCAGUGAGAACUCGUCCCAACCACCUGAAUCGUUCAACACUGUCUAUCGUCGAGUUCGAACAUCAACAACACGUCUUCCCACAAGUUGCAACUGCGCAUUGGGAAAAAUACCCGCAUCAUCAAACCCAGGGCUCAGUCAGCUCUGUGCAAAGCGACACAACUCCGGAUUUGACUCCGAGCAGCUCCCUCUCAUCAAACUACUCCUCCCCCAUCUACCCGGACAGUGGACUCCAAACUUCCGAAUAUCCCCAAGUAAGCUCCUCGUGCAGAUCUUCUGAGCGCUCUCGACCAACUUGGUCGACCCCUGGGAGUGGUUCUCGUUCGGCGUUGUCCACCCGCCCAACGACGCCAGCGCGCGAUAUCGGCUUCAAAGAUUCAACGGAAACCCUGAUCAUGCCACGGGCAGACGAACAGGACCUCCAAUCCCGUCGGGGAAAACCGCUUCCCUCUCUUCCUAUUAACCCGCGACAUGGUAGCGGGAUCUCUAGCAAGCGAGGUACCAGUUCCGGCCGUCGGCCUUCGAUCGAACCCUCAAUGAUCUCACCCCCAUGCCUCAUCAAUCCAGUGACCUUGGAACCACAUACAACGCAUUUUGACCAAGCCAUGUUUAUCCCCGCCAAUGAAUGUCCCAGUCCUGUCCCUAGUCGUGGUCCGCCCUCUCCUACCGCCAUCAGUAAUGUUCUCAUCCCUCCGACUCUCUCAACCAAGAACAGACCAUCGACCUCCCCCUCGGCGGUCCGCGGUGAACAGUCAGUAUGGGAAUCCGAUUCUGACUCCGAGUCGUUGGGCCCGAAGUCCAUGUCCAAAAAGCCGAUGGACACGCUCAAGAAAGUACGCAGUCGCGUACAGCUCCGUGUCGCCAAGUCUGCUCCGAAGCUCCAAAAUUCCACAUCCAGUCAACCAAGUGCCCCUUCGUUAGAAAGGUUUCCGACGGUGCCUGAACCGCAUUUAAAGGGACCAUUCGGGGAGCCCGUGAAAGCCAUGAUCCCGACGUCGUCAGGCCACGAAGUCUUUCGACCCUCUGCCCAACAAACCCUCCGACUCGUCGCCCCAUCCACUACUUCUCUUGUCAGGCCUCGGACUCCUGGAUCUCGUCAGAACAGUGGCCAGCACUGUCAGCAAAGGGGAGAGCCUCGAAAUCAUGACUUUGAUCGAUCUGCUGCAGCCGCGCUGCAGGCCAAGUCCAGACGGAAGCAACGGCCAGACUCCCCGGCGACUUUACUCUCAACCGAAAGGGAGAAAGUAUGCACGUUCUGUAGGGAAGAGCGAUCUGAUCUGGCGAUACAUCACAGCCUGACACUUGGUCGACCACCCUUAUACAAGAGAGUGUGGGAAUCAUUGCGCCUGCUGGGCUGUCAUGCUGAUAUCACUCCUCCCAAGUCACUGCCGCGCAAGCCUAUCUGA